AUUUGUGACCUUGAAACAAUGGAUAUAUCAUUAAUCAAAAAACGACUCAGGGAAGCCCACAUAUUGUACGAUGGCAUGACUGAAAGCGAGAUGCUGGAGCAGUACAAUCUCCUCGAAAACAACACCAAACAAAUGGAGGAAUUCAUUGAUUUCAAGGAAGAUAAGAAUGAAGAUCCCUUGGGCCCCUUGACCGCCUCGUUUUACGAGAGUCUCAGCCCCAGUCAUCCGCUCAAGAACCCGGACUUCGACAAAAUGAAUCGCCAGGAGAAGGCGAAGCUGUUGUACGAGUACCACGAGGGAAUCAGCACCCGGCUGGAAAUGCAGGCGCGGGUUUUCGGCACUAGGGCUCCCAAGCCCUAUCCGAUAUCCGCUUCCGAUUCGGACGAAGAGGACGGUUACGCGGCCAGAGUUAGGGUGACCAGUGCGAGGAAAAAGCCAAGUCGCUGGUCUUCGAACGCAACUGCGACCGUCACGUCGGGCUCGUGGUUAAGCUCGCCGGAGGGGUCCUUGCCGGAUGAUCAACUUAUGAAAAACUUGGACAUCAAUGUGAAGCAAGAAUAUAAUAUGCCCUCGCUGAGUACAGUCAUCUGUCCGAUAUGCAAUACGGAAUUUGAUAGAAAUGUGAUCGAAGGCCAUGCCUCGAUUUGCGGUGAUAGUAAUUACAAAAACAUCCCAUCUAUGAGUGAUUCCAGAAUGUGUCACUUCUGCGACAAGUUCUUCUUAUGCAAGGCUGAUUACGAUUCGCAUUUUGAUGAUUGUACUCGUUAAGAAAAAUUUUUUAUUUUUCCCUAUUUUACUAAACUUUUUGUGUAAUAGUAAGGUUAAGUUUUCUUCCAUUUUUGUUAGUGUUUAAAUGAUUUUAUGUGUAAUUCACAGUUUGUGUUAAUGAUUUAGUUUAUUUGUAUCUAUUAUUGUCCUGUAAAACAAAAAAUUUGACUAGAAUAUAAAGUUUUAUUUUCA